AUGACAUCAAGAAGACGUUCUUUGUCAGCUUCAAGAACACUUGAUCAAACUGUCAAUUUUGUUGGACGUAUUGGAGCUAGUCUAAGAUUACCAUCUAGGAAAAGAAAUACUACAAAGAACGCUCUUCAACAAAAUCAACUUGAAGUUCAACAACGACUAGCUCAAUUGACUCAGUUAAAUUUUACAAAUCCUACACUUAGAAAUUCUUAUUCGUAUCAACCAAACGACUGUUUAUCACCAGCCGCCCAAAAACGUCUUUUACAUAAACAUUUAUCAUCAAACAGCAAUCAAAAUACAGAGCAAACAUUUUGUACUGUGUUAUCUCCUCUUGUAAUCAGAUGUGGAGGGGAUAAGCAAUCACUUGAAUUUGAUUCUAAUAAUAUACCUAUCUCUGGUGAUUCACAUAAUAUAGUGGGUAGUAAUUUUAAUUAUUCCAAGUCUGAUACCUUAAGACAGCAAAUGAAAAGGAGGUAUAUUAAAGAAGGAGCAGCACAGCUUACUUCAAUAUCUGAUUUGCUGACGCAUCAUAGAUAUUUAUUUCUAUUUAAUGAUUUAUUAUUAGUAUCAAAACAAAAAGGAGAAAAUAGUUAUAAAUUAAAAGAAAAAGUUUUAUUAGAAAAAAUAUGGAUCUCAUCAAUAACAUCUUGUUCUAGUUCUUUUCUUAUUGGUUACCCAUCAGCACAUUCAAUAUCCAAUUACGUGGCACAUUUUUCAUCAGAAAAGGAAAAAGCAGAAUGGUUUGAAGUUUUAAAUCAACAUAUAUUACGUAAAAGAACUAAUAAAUCAACAACAAUAUCAAUUGCUGUUAAAAUAGAAGGUAGACAACAAAUUAUUAGAAAAGAAAUACAAAAUGGUAUAUCAUCAACGGAGGUUGUGGCAGAAUUAGUUAAAGAACUUGAUUUACCUGUUGCAACUAAUUAUGAACUUGGUUUUGAAACUCAUGCAUCUGGAAUAACAAUAUUUAAUGGUAUUGAAAAUGUAUAUGCUGUUUUAAUGGAUGUAGCUUCUAAGUCAGGAGCAAUACUUUCUGAAUCUCAAUUAGCUCAUUUAGAUGUUUGUCCAUUAGUUACAGUUAGAUUAGUACUUAGAAUUACUUCUGCAUCCAAAUCAACAACUGCAUCUUAUUUAAAAACGCAAUUGAAAAAAGUAUUAAGUAGACCAGAAUCAAAAAGAUUAUUUGGAAAAGAACUUGAAGGAUCAAUGCCACCACAACCAAUAUUAACAUUAAUUGAUCAUAUUUUUUUGCAUGGUAUUAAUACAGAGGGUGUAUUUCGAAAAUCUCCAAAAAUGGGUACUGUUCAACAAUUAAAAUCUCAACUUGAUAAUGGUCAAGUACCUGAUUUUACACAACAUUCUGUUCAUUGUUCAGCUUCACUUUUAAAAGAAUAUCUACGUAGUAUUCCAGGAAAUCUUUUAUUAAAUGGAAAUUAUCAUCUUUGGAUGGAUGUUGUAUCAGAAAAAAAUCAUGAAAAACGAUUAAAUUCAUGUAAAAGUCUUUUAAAACUUCUUCCACCAUCUCAUUCAGUACUUUUACGUUCUGUACUACGUUUAUUACGUAGGAUAGCUUUGUCACCAAAUACCAAAAUGAAUGUUGAAUCAUUGGCUGUAUGUAUAGCUCCAGGAUUAUUAUGGAAUGAUAGUGAUUCUUUGAGCGCUGGACAAAAUGUUCCAAAAUUGGCAGAAUUUUUAAUAAGAAAUACACCAGAAUUAUUUGAUGAUUUUACAGAAGAUGGACCUUUACUUCCACAAAAAUUGGCUCAAUCUACUGAUUCUGGAUUAUCUGAUGACAGUGAAAACCAAAGAAGAUCUAUUACACCUGAUUCAUUAUUAUUACUAGAAUCUCCAUUUUCAGAUGUCUCAGGGACAACAAGUGAAUCACCAACAAGAAUACAUAUUGAAGAGAUACCUUCUUCUAACUGUGCAAAUGUUACAGAAAUAAGAAAAAAUAAAAAUACUAUAGAUGAUGAAAGAACUCCAGUUGUUUCAAGAGAAAAUUCUCAAAAAACAGGAGAUUUUUCUUUAACAAAUAAAUAUCAAUGGAAAUCUCAUUUACAUCGAACAUCACCAGGUGAACAAAGUUAUAGUAAUCAGAUGUCACAUUCACCUUUAUCAUUUAAAUCAUCUCUUGCAUCUGUCGAGAAUGAUUUACGUGAUUUAUCUCCUAUAUCAAGAACAAUUUCUUAUGAUCAUAAUACAAAAAGAUUUAUUAAUAUAGGACCUUGUGAUUCUUCUAACUCUAGUUCUAUUAUAUCAUCUCCUGAAAUACAAAUUAAACCUGAUAUAUUUUCAUCUGGAGAAGUUAUAAAUUCUCAUGGUAUUAAUAAUUUAUCUUCAAAUAAAUAUCGUGAAAAUAGAGGAUAUUAUUCAGGAUAUAAACAUCAAAAAAUUGAUUCAUCAGAUUCUACAAAAACUUUAACUGAAUCAAGACCUAAUUCUAUUACAUGCAUUGGAAAAGAUUAUGGAUAUUCAUCAUCAUCUAUUUCUUCUUCAUCAACAACAAAUAAAUCUUCUUACUCAAAAAAACCUGUUGGUCAGGCAAAUUCAUUAAAUUGGAAAUCAUCAGUUAAUAGAAGUACAUUUCAACCACGAACAUUUGAUGUUCCUUCUAAUUAUAAAUUUAAAGAAUCACCAUCAAAUGAAUCAUUAUUAUUAACAAAAAUGUCAUCUAUAAAUAAUGAUUCAAAUUGGAAAGGACAAGAUAAUCCAGGAAAAGCAAAUAAUUUACUUACAUCAUCAAUCACUUCACCACAAGCAGUAAAAAUUUCAUCUAUUACUGCUCAUAAACCAUUACGCCGUCCACCACCACGAACUGCUCCUGAAAUUCAAUUAAGUCCUCUUGAGGUUAACUGGAGUGUUACGAGUCUUCGUACAGCAUUUCAAAAUAAUGAUUCUAAACCAGCAUCCAUUGAUACUAUUUAUGUCAGCAGAGAUAUGCUAUCAACAAUUAAUGCUCAAUAA